AUGAAAAUAGUUGUUGCCUUUGUUUUCAUUGCUGUAGCGACCAUCAACAUUAGCUUCUGCAAAGGAAGCUCUUCUGUUGGUUGCCUCCAAAGCGAGAGACUAGCACUUUUAAGGUUCAAGCAAGAUCUCACUGAUCCUGUGAAUCGGCUUGCCUCUUGGACUUCUGAUCAUGAAGAUUGCUGUAUAUGGUCUGGUGUUGUCUGUGACAACUUGACGGGCCAUGUGCUUAAGCUCAACCUUAGAACUCCCCCAAAGAAAGAGUAUUCCACUCCAGCUGAAGAUGAAGCUCGCGAGAGGUCAAAGUUGUCUGGUAAGAUAAAUCAUUCCCUGAAUUUAAGGUACCUCAGUCUAUCUCUGAAUUCAUUCCAGGGUAUGAUUCCUCCCCAACUUGGAAACCUCUCUAAUUUACAGUAUCUUGGCCUCGAUGGCAUAUUAGAUGUGAAGAGUUUGUGGUGGUUAUCUCGUCUUUCUUUGUUGAAACACCUUGAGUUGGAUGGUGUGGAUCUUAGUAAUUCCUCUAAUUGGUCGCAAGUGAUACACACUCUUCCUUCCUUAGUAGUGCUAGAAUUAUCAAACUGUAUGCUUCAUCACUUUCCUCCCCAAACUAUUGCAAAUUUUUCAUCUCUUGCCUCCCUUGAUCUAAGUGGAAAUCAUUUUGAAGGUCCAAUCCCUAAUGGACUUCAAAACUGGACUUCCAUUAGACAUCUUGAUUUAUCUGGAAAUCACUUCAAUUCUUCGAUGCCCAGUUGGUUGUACAAACUUAGAAAUCUUGAGGAACUUUUCCUCUCAGACAAUCGCUUGCAAGGCUCGAUGGAUGGACUAGGAAACCUGUCUUCUAUCAAAGCACUUGAUCUCUCACUAAAUGAUUUUGAUGGAGGAAUGCCAGUGUCAUUUGGAAGGCUUUGCAACUUGAGAUCAAUGUCUCUAGAAGCGGUCAUACUGAAUCAGGAAAUAUCUCAAAUCUUGAAUAUUUUCUCCGAAUGUGUUGCAAAAGUUUUAGAGCAUUUGAACUUGGCGGACACUCAACUUUUUGGUCCAUUGACCAACCAACUUGGAUGUUUCAAAAAUUUUAAAUCUCUUUGUCUAUAUUACAACUCAAUUUCAGGUUCUAUUCCAAGGUCUUUAGGAGAACUUUCAUCCUUAGAAAUUUUGUUUCUUGCUGAUAACCAAUUCAAUGGAACUCUUUCUGAAAUCCACUUUAAUAAUCUCACAAGACUGAUGGCAUUAGGAGUAUCUGGAAAUUCACUAAUGUUUAAAUUCCCUCCUCAGUGGGCUCCUCCAUUUAAACUUCUACUUUUAAGGUUAGGUUCUUGUCAUUUAGGCCCUCAUUUUCCAUCUUGGCUUCGUUCACAAAGGAGUUUGUUUUACCUUGAUAUAUCCAACUCAUGCAUUUUUGACACUAUUCCACAAUAUUUGUUCAAAUUUCCAUCAACAUUUUUAAAUCUCUCACACAACAAAUUCUCUGGGGAGAUUCCAAAUUUAAUCCAGUCAAAUCAACUUCAUGUUCUUGACUUGAAUUCAAAUAAUCUAUCAGGUUCUUUACCUCAGAUACCUAUAAAUAUGUAUGUACUUGAUCUUUCCAAUAAUGCUAUUUUAGGAUCUAUGUACGCUCUGUUGUGUCAUGAGAUGAAUGAGUCAAAAAGUUCGAUGGAAAUGCUCAUCCUUAAUAAAAACUUCUUAUCAGGGGAAUUACCUGAUUGUUGGAUGAAUUGGCAACACUUAAAAGUUCUAAAUUUAGAGAACAAUAGAUUCACUGGAACCCUUCCUCCUUCUAUUGGGUCGUUAACUUCUCUUCAAUCAUUAAACCUUCGCAAAAACAACUUUGUUGGGGAGGUACCUUUAUAA